AUGUCUGACAACAAAGAUUGUGUCAUUGAGGUAGGCGACGUCACAUCCCCGUUGCCUGCCGUCGACGAAAAGGCAGCACCCAAGACUAGCUGGACUCCCUCUCAAGUCGUUGGACGCUCAUCCUCGUGGAUCUCGGAAUGGACACCCUUCGGUCUGGUCUUCUCCUACUACGUCUUCUCGGUUUGCAUGUACAUGUAUUGCAAUGAUGGCCUGAUCGCCAUUUUUUGGUUUAUAUACAUGUGUACCAACUUCUACAUUGCCGGAACUACAGUCCUCGAGGCCUUCUUCAGCAUCACGCCCUGCCGCGAGGCACGCGACGUCGUCACGCAAGCGCAAGAGAAGCAGUGGCUAUUUCCUACGCCGAACAGCCAGCUGCCCAUUUUGGAUCUUCUCAUUGUGGCUUACCUGCCCAAUGAGCAAGAUAUCAUCAUGGAUCGUGCUCACUAUGCGCUUAGGGAAAUCGCUUACCCUAGCGAUAGGAUCCGCAUUAAUAUUCUCUAUAAUACACCAAAGCCAAUCGAGCCACUGGAGACGGAGUUGGCCGAGCUUCCACUUCAUUUUCCCCACGCUAGGGUCAUCAAAGUCCCCGGCUCGACAUCAAAGGCCGACAAUCUCAACUACUUUUUUACACUCGACACUGGAUCCGACCUCAUCGCCAUUUAUGAUUGCGAUCACUAUCCCCAUCCCAACGCACCCCGGUGGGCUGCUGAGCGCUUCAUGGCAGACAAGGACGUCGACAUUGUGCAAGGCCGAUGCAUCGUGUUCAACUCCGAGGACUCGUUCAUGACCAACAUGAUCUCGGUCGAAUUCGACAAGAUCUACGCUGUUUCCCAUCCCGGUCGCUCAACUAUGUGGGGGUUUGGGCUUUUCUGCGGAUCCAAUGGCUAUUGGCGCGCCUCUCUUCUCCGCGACCUGAAAAUGGACGACACCAUGUUGACCGAAGACAUUGAUUCGGCAUUGCGUGCAUUUUCCAAGGGCGCUAAGACAGUCCACGACCUUAACGUUACUUCGUACGAACUGGCCCCCACGACAUUUGCCGCGUUUUGGAAGCAGCGCCUCCGGUGGGCUCAGGGAUGGGCUCAGGCCAGCAUGCGUCACAUGAAAAUGGUAUGGAAUGGCGUCAAGGAUCCAUUGCACGAAGAGCAUGCCAAGCGUAGCUUCACGGCCCGGUUCGGCGUGCUUUCGCUGUUGCUCAUCCGAGAGUCGUCGUACUAUCUCGUCACACAGUACACGUGUCUCGUUGCAUCGUUCGUUAUCGUCAAGUUUCCCACAAACGGGGAGGAGCUGUGGAGGCUGGUCUAUUUUCAGUAUCCCCUCUCGCAAUGGCUCUUCAUUAUCAGCAUCAUCUGCCUGUUCGCUACACUGUGGAUCACCAACCAGGUCAAAUCCGAGUUUGUAUCCAGGAAGAUGAUCAUUCUCUUUUCGGCCUUGUACCCAUUUUAUCUUGUUCUCAACGCCACCAUCGGCCUGUACGGCCAUGCACGGCAAAUCGUCAAGUACAGCUCUUGGAAUCCUACGGCUAGGAAGUAG